AUGUCAUCAGCACCCCGUCUCGAAGAAGCAACUCCCGGGCCUACGUCUCCGAUUAUUCAGAAAACCGUCAAGCGAAAAUGGGUCAGCUAUAUUUGGGACACAUUCGACAAGUCGCCUGAAGAGCGACGACUUCUGUUCAAACUGGAUUCGGCAAUCUUGACUUUUGCGUCAUUAGGAUAUUUUAUCAAAUAUCUGGAUCAAAUCAACAUCAACAAUGCCUUCGUAUCUGGCAUGAAAGAGGAUUUGGCUCUGUAUGGGAAUGAGCUCAAUUACAUGCAGACCUGCUGGACCGUUGGCUAUGUCAUCGGGGAGAUUCCUAGCAAUCUGCUCUUGACCCGUAUCAAACCGCGAUACUGGAUCCCGGCUGCUGAGCUACUCUGGACAGUCUUAACAUUUUCGCUUUCAAGAUGUAACACUCCGACUCAAUUCUAUGUUCUUCGAUUCUUCAUAGGUCUCGCGGAGAGUACAUUCUAUCCCGGGAUGCAAUAUAUUAUCGGAUCAUGGUACCGGAAGAAUGAAUUGGCAAAACGAUCGUGUAUCUUCCACACGAGUAGCGGCAUUGCCAGCAUGUUCUCCGGCUACUUGAUGGAUGCCGUUUUUCGCCUAGGUGGCCGAGGAGGAUUCAAGGGAUGGCAAUGGCUGUUCGUGAUCGAUGGUGUAAUCUCCUUACCAGUCGCUAUUAGCGGAUUUUUUGUGUUGCCUGACGUGCCUGAAAUCUCCAGCCCAUGGUACCUCAGCAAGAAUGAAGUUGAGCUGGCACAGGAAAGAAUGAAGUUGGAGGGCAGACAAAACAGAGAACCCUUUACCAAGGCCAAGUUGAAGAAAAUAUUCUCUUCCUGGCAUAUCUGGCUCUUGACAUUGGCAUACAUUCUCUUCAACAAUGGCGCCGCAGGCUCCCAACCUGUAUUUCAGCAAUACCUUAAAAAUUCGACCGACCCGGUCUAUACAGUCGGGCAGAUCAAUUCAUAUCCGACCACAACUUAUGCAGUUCAAGUCGUGACAACACUCGCUUAUGCCUGGUCCUCGGAUACAUUUCUCAACGGAAAACGUUGGCCGCCAAUUGUCUUUGGCGCUUGUGUUAACAUUCUGAGCUAUGUCUCUCUUGCCGUCUGGGAUAUCUCAGUGGGGUGGAAAUGGACUUGCUAUAUUAUUUCCGGUGCUGGCUUUGGACUUAGUGGGUUACUCAUGGCCUGGGCGCACGAGAUCUGCUCAGAUGAUAACGAAGAGCGUUCCCUCGUCAUUGGGAGUAUGAACGAGAUGGCCUACGUGUUUCAGGCUUGGCUACCUCUGAUUGUAUGGCAACAAGUCGAUGGUCCUAAAUACCAGAAGGGUUUUAUCACAGUGUCUUGCAUAUCAUUUGCUCUCAUAAUUACAUCAUUCAUCAUUCGACAUCUUGAUCUUAGAGAGCAAGAGCAGAAAAGGCUGUGGGAUCCCCAAACAGAGGAAGCUGACGACGGGCUUUCAGAAUCGUUUGCAGUGACGCCGGUGGAUACGAAACCGAAA